GCGUAUUGAUCUUGUUCAAAUUUUUCAUAUAAUUACAUUAUAAUAAACAACGAUCGAAAUAGAUCAUCAAUUUCCCAAAAGUUAAUAUAUUGAUUGCAAAGUAAAUCUGCGACAAAACCGACAUCUUGUAGUAAGUUCGUGAACAUUCGGCUUAUUUCGUCAAUAUUACGUCCCGGGGCCUGGAUUCAUUGUGGGGUGGGUUACUUCAGUGCAGUACAUUCAGCAAGCAAACCUGUCGAUAAAACUAUCCGUGUUCAAGUAUACGCGCCAUUUCUUUAUUCAAUAUUAUUUAGUGUACGUUAAAUAAUUAUUAAAAAAUGUGACGACCUUUCAAACUGUAACUUAAAGUGAAAUGUAAUUUUUUAUAAUACUUCUGACCACGCGCCGUUUCCAUAGUUACAGUUAUAUUUUCACAAUGUAGAGUCAAGCGCAACGAUCCAUAUACAUGAAGUUACUAACACAUUGACGCUUUGCUAUAGUUGAUGCUCCCUUGCCUUCAUUUAUUUGCUUAUACAUAUAUAGGGACGAAAACUGAGUGGUUCGAGUGGGAUUCAGUUUGGUUUCUAAUCAACAACCAAUGGGAGACAGAAAAAAAUGAUACGACGAUAAUGAAUCAACCACGGGGCCAUAACUCGAAAUACUUCGAAGGGACUUCUUUGAAAACAUCAGCUCAACCCAAAACUAAUGCUACAAAAUUUUAAAUGAAGGGAUUAUGAAAUGAAUGUUACGGGUUUUGGCACUGUUCAAAGAUGAGUCACGUUUCAAAUCUAUAUAACAAUAGAAAGAAUUGGGAAUUUUAAAUCCAACUUGAAAAGCUUUCUUCUGACAGUGAGUAAAUCCGAAAGUCAUUUCGAAGAAGAAGAAGAAGAAGAAGGCACUUUUACAAGAAGAUCGUGGUUUAUGAAACCUCUCUCUAAUCAAGGAAUUUUUUGAGGGUGCAAUAUUAAAAAAUUAACGUCAACUUGAUUACUUACAUAAUGUGAAAGAAUAAUGGAUGAAAUAGGAUCCCUGUGAUAUUUUUUUUACAUUCGUCUUUGGUGAAAUGGAGACAAAAAUUGACAUACUUCCUUCUACCAAAUCAAAAAAGAUUUGCUCAUUAUUAAGUACUGAUCUUCAUGAUUCAAAUAUUAUAACAAAGGAAAGAGAGGAAGAACUUUUAAAUGAUGGAUUAACAACAUGCGAUGAGGAUAUUGAUGAAGAUGAAGCACUUUCUGAUGAUAGUUUACGUUUAAAAUUGUCUGAUGACGACGAUAUUGAACAGGAUGAUGUUGAUUCGUCUGAAUAUAUUUAUAAACGACAACUAAAGGAAGAAGAAUCUUAUAAGGAGAAGAAGUACAGAACACACGAAGAAGGAUUUGCCACUACAAGUGAAGAAGAAAAAGAAUCAUAUUUAUUGGAAGCAAAUUCUGAUUUCAAACAAGAAACAUCAAGUGAGAAGAAGGUGAAUUCUGAAGAAAAUUUCAAUAAAAGCCAAUUGACUGAUGAUUUAAACGUAUCGGAAAGCGUUAGUUCAACAGAAAUUGCACAUGAUCAACAAAACACAGAAGAUACAAUCAUGAAUGGAAACGAUCCGAGAUUUUAUCCAAAUUCUAUUAGAUCAAUGUAUGAAAAUCGAUGGAAUCCAUCAAAUCAUCGUAUGCGAAUGGGAUUCAAUAAUCGUCCGCCACUGCCAUCGCAUCAAAGAUAUUAUCCAAAUAGUAAUUAUAAUUCUUCCGAUUUAACAGAUAACAGAUAUUAUAAUCAAUAUAAACAUUAUAAUAGGGUAAGAGGAUCAGGCAAACAUCAUUCGUCUUAUAAUUUUAAAUCGAAAUCAGGCGAUAGACAAAAGGAAAAAAACGACUUAUCAUCGUCAUUAAAAUUAGUUGAUUCUGAUCCUGAUUUUACUUGUGAUAAUGAUUUGAAUAAUAUUAAUAAGAAAAAUUCAGAAAAAAAAUUAGAAUCUGAAGAAUCGGAAGAAAAAUCAGAUAAAAAUGUCAACAAUACUGAAGAUAAUGAUGAUGAUGAUAACAAUUCCAAUGAAUUACAUUCAAAUGCAAAGAAUGAUAAUGAAAAGGAAAAUAUCAAUGAUUGUAUCACUGAUUCAACUCUUAAGACUGCAGAACCUAUUCAGAAUGAUCUUUUAAAUUCAUUAAAUUUAGAUGAAGAAAGAUCAAAAUCACAAGUAGAGAAUGUAGUUACAAACGAAAAUACAACAGAAUACACUUCUAAUACUAAAGAAGUGAACACAACAAAUUUCAUACGGGAUGAAGAUUCUCAGGAAGAAUCUUCUUGUGUUAUCGGUACUAGUAAUAAUAAUGAUAAUCUUAAAGAAUUAGAUAACAAAAUUUCGGAAAAAACAUUAAAGACUGAUGAAAAGAAUUUGUGUACAAAUGACGAUAUUGAAAAUAGUGAAGAUAUGAUCAUUCACCAUGCAAGCACAGGUGAGGAAGACUUACCAGAGAAGGACAAUGAUAAUCAAGGCAAAGAAGAAAAAGAAAAAGAAAUAUCGUUGAAAAUUAAACAGAAAAUUGAAAGCAAUGAAGAAAAUAUUCAAUCUUCAUCAAUUUGUUUAAACGAAGAUUCUGGAUCGACAUUGGAUAAUUUACCAAAAGUUUAUCAAUGUCUCGAAGAAAUAGCAAGUAUGGAAGCUUCCCGUAUCGCUGAAGAAAUGAAGAAAGUCGAACAAAUUGUGCAAGAUGAUUUGCUUGAUAGUGAAAGUAUAAAAUUACAAUUAUCUCAAGGUGCUGAUGGUGAUACUGAUGAUAUUGAUUCUGAAAAUAAUACACAUGAUGACAACAAUCCUUGUGAAAAUGAUAUUCCCCCUGUCAAUGAUGAUAAUAAUCCUCAGGACAUUGAUCAACAUGAUAAUGAUAAUAAAGAUAUUGGUAAUGCUUCAGAAAAAUGUUCAUUCCAACCAAUGGAUGAAGAUACAACUCCAUAUGAUCCUUCAAUUAUUACUGAAAAUAAACCAAUCAAAGAAACAAAAGAACCAAUAGAUGAUAAUUCCGAUAAAAAUGAUAAUAAUGAUGAAGACGAAAAUUCAAAUUUAACGGUUGAAUCAUCCGAAUCUAUUGUUUCAUCCACAAAGAAUAAUAUUGUCGAAGAGAAAGAUAAUGUUUCGCAAGAUGUUGAAAAAAUGAAUUUUGAUGAUAAUGCCUGUCAUCCAAAUGAAACCCCCAAAGAGACAUGUGACACGAAAGGCAAUAAAUAUACAAAUCGUCUUUAUGAUUCAUUACUUGUGAAAAAAAGUGAUAUAAUUAUGGAUGAUAGUAGUGAUAAAUUAAACGACGCUAGCAAUGACGUUAGCAAUGACAUUAGUAACGAUAUUAAUUACGAUAUUAGUAAUGAUAUAAGUAAUAGUAACGAUGUUGAAAUAAAAAUAAGCGAGGAGGAUGAAAGUAAUUCAGAAACAGCCGUUGUAACAACGAAAGAAAAAGUAAAUCAAAAUGAUAUCGAAUUAAAAGAUAAUGAUGCUCGCGAAGAAAUUAAAGAGUUGACUGAAAAAUUAGAAUCAAAUAUUGAACAAGUCAAAGAGAUUAUUGGUGUUGAAGAUGAGAAAAUGAUUAUUGAUGAUAAUCAAGAACCUCCAAAAUUGGAUAAGGAAAUGGAAGUGGAAUCGUCAAAAACAUCUGAUGUUGAUAAUUCUAGUGAAAAAAUUGAAUCAACAGAUAUCACAAUGAAAGACAGUUCAAACAAUGAGAAGAAGGAAGAAAAUUAUUUAAGACUCAAAUCACAAACUGAUGACACAUUAUUUGCACCUAAAACAUCUUUAGUGGGAAGUAAAGAAGGUGAAACAAAUGUUCGACAAAAAAGAAAAACAGCAAAAAAUGCUGAAGAAAUUAUUAAAACGAAAUUCUUAAAAAGUGACAGCGAAGCUGAUAGUGACGAUUCGGGAAAAUAUGUCAGUGUUAAUUACAAAAAAACAAAGCACCUUGUUAAUGUACCUGCUUCCCUGUCACCUUCAUCGUUGAAACGAAAUCUCGGUGAUGAUGAGGACACUGAUAAUGAAAUAGAUUCAUUAACCAGACAAGUCACUGUUAAAAAAUUAAAAAUGACAAUUGAUUCACCGAAAAAAUCGUCUAAUGAAUCUCUCUUCCCAUUCAAAAAAGAUGUAAUAGGUGUAAAAGAUGUAAAAGAUGUAAAAGAUGUAAAAGAUGUAAAAGAUGUAAAAGAUGUAAAAGAUGUAAAAGAUGUAAAAGAUGUAAAAGAUGUAAAAGAUACAAAAGAUAUAAAAGAUAUAAAGAAAACAAAGGAUCAAGAAUCUAUUAGAAAUCUUGUCAAUGUGCGUAAAUUUUUCCAGCGUGACAUAAAAGGAAAAUUGAAGAAAUUAAAACAGGAGGAAUUAGAAGAAUUACUCAUUCAAAAGAUAGUUGAAACUAUUACAAUGGCUAGUGAAAUUGGUAAAUUGCGAGAACAAGCGCGUUUAUCAGAAAAAAGUCAGGAAGCCACACGAGCUAGAUGUCAACAGCUUGCUAAACAAAUUCAGGAUUUUGAAAUGGUUCUCAAGCGUAAUGCUGCUGAUAGAAGUUCGUCUAAUGAUAAAUUUAUUGCUCCAAUAAAAAUUAAUCGAUCUGUUGGAUUGCAAGUUAAUUUUAUAUCGGAUCAUGGAAUGCAGAAUAUGCGACAAAUUCAACAAAAUGCAAAAUCUGCUACAAUGUCAAAUUCAUCAUCAACUUCAUCGUCUAAUGAUGUUGGUACACCAAAUCCGCGAAAAGGUAUAAAAGUACGAUCGCCUAGACGAAGUGAAAAUAUUCCAUCCACUGUACAAGUGCCACCGUUAACUAAUAUUCCGCAACAAGCUAAAAUUUCACCUCCAAAUAUUACAAAUCCAGUUACACCUGCUGCUUUAGUUUCAACGACAAAAACAAUUGAACCGCAUACUCGCACAAUGCCUGGACCACUUCAAACAAUUAAUGCACAACAGCCAGUUAUAUCAAAUGUGAAUAUUCGUUCACCAAAUAAAUUAAAUAUGAUACAAGGACUCCAACAGGCUCAACAAGCUGUUAUUCUUAACGGAAAUCGAGUUUCAACCACAGCUCCAAUUACUGUUCAAAAGCAAAAGGCCAAUAAUGAUCUUAUUGAUCUUACGGAUGAAGAGGAAAAAACAAAAACUACUGUUAAUACUCCGAUUGCUGUGACAACUGCAACUAUUAUAUCAAAUCAUCCACGAGGGAAUAUUAUACAAAGCAAUGCAACGUCACACUAUCAAAGAGUUAUCCAAGCAAUUCCAACGAGUGUUGCACUCUCAGGUCAAACGGCUAAUAUCAGGGUAGUUCAGCCUAAUAGUCAAACAACGCCUACUGCCUUAGUGAAUAAUAUAAAUGCGUCCAGAAUGUUUGUAAUGCAAAGUGGCGGACAACCAAGACAAAUAUUGAUAACCAAUCCUAAUUCGAUAAGACAAAAUGCUAAUAACAGUAAUAGGAAUCAAUUUUCGACAAUUACCUAUAAAACAGCCAAUGGAAUUCCAACUUCUGCAAAUGGCACUUUAAGACUUGUAACGACGCAAGCCACUGUAAAUGCUCAAAUAACCAAGCAUCCAGCACCUUUACCAGAUUCUGGACCAUGUGAUAAUAAUCCAAAUUGGAAAUUACCUCCUCCUGCCCCUUCGCUUAAGAUCUCAAAAGUCACUUCCGGAAUCGUAUUGUCUUGGAAUAUGACGCUAUCUGAUAAGCAUGCGGAGAUAGUUAGUUAUCAAUUAUUUGCGUAUCAGGAAGUAAAUGGUACGCCACCUAGUACAUUGCUUUGGAAGAAAGUUGGCGAUGUUAUGGCGCUACCGUUGCCAAUGGCGUGUACAUUAACUCAAUUUUCUGCGGGCAACAAUUAUUACUUUGCUGUUCGAGCCGUCGAUUCACAUUCCAGACUUGGACAGUAUAGCUUACCAGGGAAUAUUUCUUUGUAGGAAAAAAAAAAUAAUAAUAAUGAAAAGAAGAAACGAUUCAUUCUAGAAUUAUUCUCUCAACAAUAAUAAAGCAGUCUUCUUAAUAUUUAUCUCUAAUUUUUAUAUUUAAAUAAUGGACUGAAUGAUUUGAGUUUUUGUAUGUUUAAACGUGAUUUUUUUAUGUUGAAUAUUUAUUAAUUAAGUUGCAAUAUAGAGAAAAUAUUGUUGCUUCAUUUCUAAAUGUUUCUAUAGAAAAAGAAGAAAAAAUAGUCGAAAUAAAUUAAAUAAUAAUGGAAGAUGAAAUUUUUUUUCAAAGAAUUUAAAAAACAAAAAAAGUACGAAUGGAUUUUUAAGUAGAACUUAAAAAAAUAGCAGGCGAUGUGUUAAAUGCUGCAUAAUAAUAUCCAUAAGUAUAAUUAUAAGAUUCUCGUUGCCGUGUAAGAUUUUAGUCAAUGAAUGGAUAACAAUAAAAUAAUAAUUUGAAUUAAUUUUUAUAACUGUAGAAUAAAUUAAUUAUUUAUAAAAAUACUAGUGUACAAAUAUGUUUAAACAUGUGUAUGAUAUGGAAAAAGGUUGUAAUAAUUGUAAUAAUGAUUAAACACAAA